AUGGCUGACUGGCAAACCGAGUCCUUUGCACCUCAUACACAAUCGUCACUCGAUAGUGUUGGGGGAAUAGGAGGAGGUGCUCACAGAGCUCUCCAACACACUUCAGGCAAUGCACAAGCAUACGCUGAUGGUGCCAUGCAUGGAGAUGCUGGCAACCGUGAUGAUCCUCUCCAGUUGGCACUGAAGUAUCCUCCUGCUCCUGUUCCCUUUCAUCAUUCGAUAUCUAGCACCAGUCUGCAUGACAGCCAUGUUCUUGCAGCGCGUAUACAGGCCAAGAAGCUGCGUCGACUCCAGUCUGCGGCUCACUCGAUGCCGGCAAUGCGUCCGAAGCGCAGCUAUCUGAAGUCUCAAAAGUAUUUGGAGUAUAGGGCACGACCACGUCGUGAUACGGGCAAGGAUGGAGAGCCAGUUUGGUCUGAUGCAUUGGAAGAUGCGUUUCAACAAGCCCUAGAAGCAAAUCCCCCGAUGGGCCGCAGGAAAUGGUCUGAACGUGGGAAAUCAUACGGACGCAACGAGUUGAUUGCGGAGUACAUCUACAAGCUGACUGGGAAACGACGGACAAGGAAGCAAGUAUCGAGUCACCUGCAGGUGCUAGACUCUUUCCUCAAGGGUGACCCUGAGUGGGAGAGACUUGUUCGAGAAAAGCCGGAUGCACCCAACACGCAGCCUCCAUCCACCAAUCCUGAAUAUCGUACAUCUAUCGAUUAUCAACUUUCAAGGAGUUAUAAUACCCAGUCACAGUCUGCAUGUCCUGACUAUGGUGCAUCUCAUUCAUACAACGGAGAUCUCCCGACCCCAAUUACACUCGGCUCAAACAUAUACGACACUAAUUCUCAUCAAAUUCAUGCCUUCAACUUCGACAUGUGGGUGAGUGCACCUCAGCAGGCAAAUCGAAUUGAUAAAGCGUUGCAUGUAUACACUCGUCUCCAGGGAGACCAACAUCGGCCGGUGGCACUUCCCAUGCCUUUAGAGAACCAGCCUGGAUGGCGCACGUCUUUCCCCUAUCUUUCGUCUCUAGUCGACGAUCCCACAUCUUCAUUGGACUGCGACAUCAUCCUGCUUGAAGUCAAUCUUCAGCUUAUGACUGAUUUUCCUCCUCCUGGUUCUCGAUUGGGUAUACAACUCGAUCUCGAUUUCGCACAUCCUACAAUGGGCGAUGUGUCCGUUGUCAGCCAAAUGGAGGACUGGGCCUGCAGCACCCAUCUCUACGAAGGAGGACAAAAGAUGCAAGAAACCUACCACGAUCUCCAAAAGGCAUCAUCCACAAAAAUUAAGCCAUUCUUCGAGUCCUCAUGGUGGGCAAAAUUGUUCACUCAACUAACGCAAGAGAAACAAAUGGCCGAAAGCUCCGGUCAGCCAGAGGCUGCUCAGGCAGCCGACGAUCACACAAGGCAGUUCUUCCGUUCUCUCUCUGCUAUCCAGGAGUUGACCGCCAUGCCCAGUAGCAGUCAACGUCGAAUGUCGAAUAGCUUUAGUACCAGUCCCCAGGUAGAUGACCGCAAGCGCAUGGCAAUCCUCUUGUGGAAGUUUCGACAGACACGUCCUGGUGAGGUCGGUACCACUACAUGGAGACGUCUUAUUCCGCCACCUGAACGUAGCACAACGAAUAGCCCCAGAACUGCGGCUGGUAUUGAUCUCCCACCUCUCGCUUUGGAGUCACUGCUGUCCAACAAGCCGCAAGACAAUGUCUAUCAAGGCAACUCUCAUGGUAACUUUCGCCAUCAACAUCAUCAUCAACCCGCGACAGCAGUUACUUUGCAGCAACAGUGGCCGGUUUUUGCAGAUACUCAAGAUAGUGUUGCUAACAUGUUCGGUGCUCAGGGGUCAUAUGACUUCUUGAGCAAUAUCAACAAACCAGAUGAUGGUAUCGUGGACAAGACAUCAGUGACAUCAGUGCUUGACUCCUUCACCGGUCUCGCAUCGGAAAGUACACAGGGCGGCAAUAUCAAUGCUUCCUCUGCAAGCGACAAUUUGUUCAGCGUCCAUGAUCUCCCAUUAUCAUCUCACUCGCAUCUCUCGGGAUACGGUCUCGGCGGGCAUGGUAACCCUUAUAUGCCACCACAGACCAUCCACGACAGCAACAACAAUGUCCUAAAUUCUAUCUUCGGAACCGCAGCUCCGUCAAUGCAUGGCAUUUCUCAUACGCAAGCGCCUUCUCUGUGGGAAUCACAAGGAACAGGAGCUUCCCUCCAUCAUGAUCUCGGCACCGAUAACUACGGCCACUUACAUUUCCCUUCGAGCAGUCAUCAUCAGCCUCAUCACCUGCACCACAGCCACAACCACCAUCAUACCCACCACUCACAUCAUCAAGUACCCGUCUCUCGCGAACAUCAAAGCAAUGGUCUAGAAGGGAUGCUACCUCCCGACGAUUUGAUUGACAAGUUGGUUGGCAGUGUCACUUCUGGAGACAGUCAUCUCGGGAUUGCAACGACUGGAAACGCACGGUAUCCAGAGUCUCAUUCAGUGGAAACCGUGUAA